AUGAGAGGCGCCACGCGCUGGCUCGUCGUGCUCGGCGCGUGGUGGGUGGUCUCCGGGCUGCUGCUCGGGAGCUGGCUCGGCCGCCAGCGGCAGCCCGACGUCGCCGCCGCGGCGCCGCCCGUCGACGCAGCGCCGCCGGCCGACGCGCCGCCGGCCGACGCGCCGCCAACCGACACCGGCCUCUUCGACGCCGCCUGCUCGGGCCGCACGUGCGAGCGGUCGCGCCUGGGCCUCGAGGAGCCGCUGAGCGUCCACGUGUGGCGCACCGGCAGGGAGGACGCUCAAAAGGGCUGGCGCUUCCGCCACCUGCUGGACCAGGGCCUCGCGGCGCACCCGGCCGUGGACGUCGUCGACAGCGCGCACCACGCCGACGUCGUGCUCUGGCUGCCCCAGUGGGCCGCGAAGGCGCCCCUCGGCCUCGCGCACGCCGACGAGAAGCUCGUGAUCUUGGACGAGCACGACGACCGCGAGCGGCGCUUCGGGCCCUACGCCGCCCAGCGCGGCGACGCCUACCUGGCCUACUUCAAGCGGUCCUUCGCCAACAAGAGCGACGGCGCCUUCCUCGGGUUCUCCGAGCCGCUCUUUCCGCGCUACUACGCCAUGCAGUACAGCGUCUCGUCGGCCUACCUCCUCGACGAGGACGCGGUGGGGCCGCCGCGGGAGCUCGACGUCGUCUGCACGCUCCGCGUCGGCGCGGGCCGCUACCCCGCGCGCGCGCGCGUGCUCCUCUGGGCCCGGGAGCUCGCGCGGGAGCGACGCCUCAGCGGCUUCUUCGGCGAGUUCGACACGUCCCAGCGCAACGUCAUCUCCGCGCCCUACUUUGCCCUCAUGCGCCGCGCGCGCGUCGUCGUGACCUGCAACCCGGGCGACUGGGAGGGCGACUUCCGGACCUGGGAGGCCGUCGCGUCCGGCGCCUCGGUGUUCAUGGACCGCCACUACGCGCCCAUGCCCCACGCCUUCGUCGACGGCGACGACGCGUAUAUCUACGACAACGGCGACGGGCCCGCGUUCAAGGCGCGGCUCGGCGGCGCGCUCGCGCCGGCCAACGCGUCGCGGACCGCGGAGGCGGGAGAAAGAGGCCUCCGGAAGGCGCUCCGCCACCACCGCGCGGUGUCGCGCGUCGACUGGCUCCUCCGGUCCGCCCUCGCGCAGCACCCCAAGUCGGGACCGUUCCGCGCGCCGGGCUUCGACGAGCCCGAGCUCGGCCACGCGCUCCUGGCCCGGGCGCUCGCGGACCCGCCGCCGCGGACGCGCGUCCGCGCGCCCCCGCCGACGAAGGCGCAGAUCGCCGAGCUGCGUUCGGCGCUCUUCCUCCACCCGGACGGCCGCGUCUUCGAGGGCAAGCGCGCGACGACGGCGGCCCUCGCCUUCUCGAAGACGGGCAUGGCGCCCUUCCGGCUCCGGGUCGUGGGCAAGAAGGGCGCCGUCGUGCGCGCCGGCGAGGCGCUCGACUCGGCGAAGGUCGCGACGCUCGCGAGGGGCAGCUUCGUCUACGCCCAGGGCUACGACGCCGCGGCCAGCCGCCUGAGGGUCGCCACGCCCGACGGCCGCGGCGGCUGGGCGUCGGCCAAGGUCCUGGAAAGCGCGCCGCUGUCCUUCUGCGAGGCGCGGCGCGCGCCGCUCCUCCUCGUGGCGCGGUGCCUCGACGGCGCGUCCCUGGGGCGCCUGCGGCGGUGCGGCCGGGAGCCGAAGGCGUGCGCGGAGCGGUGGGCCAAGGCCGCGUGCGCGGCCCAGCGCACGAAGCCGCCGUCGGACUGGCGCCGGUCGACCGUGGACUGGCUCACCUACGUCGGCGCCGUCGACCGCAGGCGGCUCGACGCCUGCGCGAACCACGCGUGCCUCGUCGCCGGCGGCGCCUGCCGCUGGAUCGGCGAGCGCUGCGGCUUCCGCGCGGCGACCUGGGCGCCGCUCGGGUGCCCCGUGCGCGUCGCGGCCGUCGCCUGCGGCGGCCGGGACCAGGGCGGCGCCUUCAGCCGGAGCUUCGUGCUCCUGCUCGACGUCGCGGGCCGAUGCUACGCGACGGGCGAGAACGGCCACGGCCAGCUCGGCGUCGGCGACACGGACGACCGCGACGACCUCGUGCCCCUCGACCUCAAGGGCGUCCUCGCGACGCAGCUCGCGGCGUCGAGCGACUGGGCCGGCCUCGUCGCCGCGGAUCGGUCUGUUCACACGUGGGGCCGCGGCCGGCGGACUUUGGGUUUGGGCGGCCCGCCGGGCAGAGACGUGCUCCGGCCCACCAAGGUGCCGGACCUCGGCCGCGUCGUGGCCCUGGCCGCGGGCGAGCGCCACGCCGUGGCUCUGGACGUCGACGGCGGCGUGCUCACGUGGGGCGUCGACGACGGCCACGGCGUCCUGGGCCGGCCGCUGACGGGCCACAAGGCGGACCGCGUCUUCCCGCUGUCGUGCCGCGUCGACGGGCCCUGGCUCGUCGACGACGUCUCCCGCGCCGAGGGGCGGCCCGCGGCGCUCGCGCUGCCCGAGGGCGCCAAGGUCGUCGCCGCGGCCGCGGGCGGCCUCCACACCGUGCUCGUGACGGCGUCGGGCGGCCUCCUGGGCUUCGGGGCGAACAACCACGGCCAGCUCGGCGUCUCGCGCCAGGGCCACCUCGACUUCGACGCGCCGGACUACGUCGACGGCGCGGACGGCGUCGUCGCGGCCGCCGCGCGCGGCCACGGGACCGUCUUCCUCGGCCGCGACGGGUCCGUCAGGGCCCUCGGCGCGUUCCAGCCCGUCCGGAGCCGGCGGCCGACGGCGCUCGACGCGGGCGGCCGGGCGACGGCCGUCGCCGCGACCGUCGACGCCGUCUACGUCCAGCUCGCCGACGCCGUCGUCGCCUUCGGCGGGGGCGCGCCGCCGGCGCUGCGCCUCGGCGCGGCCUUUCCGGCGCCGGCCGCCGGCGUCGCCGGCGACCGCGAAGGCCCGAACGCGCCGCCGAGCGACGCGCCGCCGAGCGACGCGCCGCCGGCCGUCGACGGCGCCGCGGACGAAGGCGCCGCGCCGCCGGCCGCCGACGGCGCCGCGGACGAAGGCGCCGCGCCCGACGCGGCCGCGGACGAUGGCGCCGCGCCCGACGCGGAGGCGAAGCGCGCCCGGCCCGCCCGGGACGAAUUCGCGCGCGUCCUGGAGAACGAGGGCAACGUGACCGCCAUCCUCGGCUUCUCCGGGUACCGGAGCGUGCUCGUCCUGGAGGCGCUCAACCGCCGCGCGCGGCGCGUCGUCCGCGGCGCGAACGUCGAGCUCGACGUGUCGCUCGAGACGCGCCUCACGGUCGCGGUCCGCACGGCGGCGCGGGCCGAGCUGCUCGCCGCGCGGCGCGCGGGCGUCGCCGACUGCGACCAGAUCAUCUUCUUCUCGACGCGGCAGGAGCAGAAGCCGAUCGACGUCGUCUGCCGCGGCGGCUCGACGCUGCUGCUCUCGCCGCCCCCGCCCGCGUCCGUCGACGGGUUCCGCGGCGCGGACGCGGACGCGACGCGCUCGACGCUGGCCGCCGCGGCGGGGGUCCGGCACCGCAAGGCGCUCCUGUCGCUCGGCCACGACGCGAAGAAGCUCGUGGACGCGAUGGGCGGCGAGCUCGCGGUGCCGCGGCGCGUCGCGCUCGCGGCCGGCCGCCGCCCGGUGCAUCCGCAGCGGCGCAACGGCGCGCGGUCGGACCUCGACGCCGCGAUGCGUCGGGCCGCGUCUCUGUCGGCCGUCCUCGACGAGGCCACGAUGCAGCGCAUCGUCGUCUUCGCCUGGAAGGCCAUCUCCCAUCACGGCUGGGGCUUCCUGUCCGAGGCCGUCUUCCUCGAGGAGGUCUGCGGGCCGGCCGGCGCCGUCGGCGCCAAGGGCGCCGCGGUCUGGCAGGAGGCGUUGAGCGGCGCGCUCCUGCCCUUCACGCCGGUCGUCCUUCCCGAGGACGUCGCCAUGACGGAUGCGCACGUCGGCCGCCGCGACCGCGGCGCGGGCGGCGGGGACCCGACGUUCGGACCGCCGGGCACGCGCGCGCGGGGCUUCGGCGACGUGCGCACCGGCGACGUCGCGGCGCUCGGCGUCUUCAACUGGCUCUGGCCCGCGGUGACGGGCUACGCCCUGACGUCGCUCGCGCGCGACGCGGCGACCUGCUUCUCGAACUCGCACUUCAUCGCGGCGACGACCUUCGAGCGCUUCGUCGUCUACCAAAACGACGCGAGCUUCGACAACGACCUCGGCAUUUGGAGCGUGGCGCUCGCGGUCCUCAAAGAUCUCAUGAGCCGGCGCGAUGGGGAGGCGACGACUUCCCGGGGCGUGCCGCUGGUCGGCACGGAUGAGGGCGUGUUGAACGGCGCGUUCUCGGACCAUUUGUCCUUCGCGUGCAGCACGGGACAGCCCGAGUCCGUCCGCGCGCUGCUGCGCAAUCCGGCCGUCGCCCAGGCCGUCCGCGAGGGGGGGACCCACGCCUUCCAUGCUGCCGCGUGCAGGGGCCGCGCGUCGACGCUUGCCGCGCUGCUCGAAUUCUUCUCGCUGGCGCACGCCAAAGAAGACGCGCCGUUCUUCGACCCGCCCAUCGUGCUCGCUGCCAACAUCGAUGACAUCGACACGGUCGAGGUCCUCGUCGCGCAGCCCGACAUCAACCGACCGCGCGAGUGCACGCCCAUGUUCCUGAAAUAUGUCAAGCGACACUGGCUCCUCGAAGGAGAGGUCGCGGCCUUCGUCGAGCACGACAGCGCGGUCGUGAAUCAGAGGGAUGACGCCGGCCUCACGCCGCUCCACGUCUUCGUCUACAACGCGAUGUCGAACUUUGGUGAGGAUGCGCUCAAUGCUGAGUCUGCGGAUUUCCUAUUCAAAACUACGAUCAAGAUCACCAAGCUCCUGAUCUUCAACGGCGCUGACGCCACGUCGAAGACCACCGGCACCGCGCACGCGUUCCCCAUCGGCGCCGGCCUGUCGCCGAUCGACGUCGCGCGCACCUGCGGCCAGGACGAAUCCCGGCGCGCCCAGCUCAUCGCCGCCCUCGGCGGCUCGACGGAGCCCGCCGUGGCGAUCGCCGCCCUCGGCGGCUCGACGGCGCCCGCCCCUGCUCGCACGUCGAUGCAGCUCGUCUACGCCCUCCCAGGCGGGUCCCUGGACGCGCCCUACGCAACAGCAUUGCAAAGGAAGCGCAAGCGCGUCCACGAGAACAGCAAGCACACCUUCGCGGAGAGCGCUCUCAAGCACCUCGCAUCGCUCCCGCUGCCGCCCGCGCGAGCGGCGCCGCCCCAUCUGGGCGCCGCCGUGGCCGCGGCGACGGCCGCGCCGCGGCGGCGCGACGGCGCCGACGGCGAGCUCGAGGCCGGCGGCGACCUCGCGCUGUCCGACGUUUCGGACCGCGUCGUCUCGUCGGCCGCCGGCGCCGCGUUCGCCGUCGGCGCGGCGCCCUGCGCCCUGCCGCCGCGCAGCGCGACGCUCCUCGCCGCCGCCGACCGCUGGGCGCGGCCGCUCCUGCGCCGCGGCCGGCGCUACGACGUCGCCACCGCGGACCCGCCGCGGCCGUCGCGGUCCGCGCGGCGCGAGGGCGCCUACGCGGCGGGCUGGGACGCCUGGCGGCGGCCGCUGCGGCGCUUCCCCCUGCCGCGCCUCGCGAGCGAGCGCGGGGCCGUCGUCGCCGUCUGGGUCGCGAACGACGCCAAGGUCGCGGAGUUCGUGCGACGCGGCCUCUUCCCGAAGUGGAAGGUCGAGUACGUGGCGACGUGGUACUGGCUCAAGGUCACGGCGUCGGGCGCGCCCGUGCUCCCCGUCGACGCCGCGGCGGAGCGGAAGCCCUGGGAGCCGCUGCUCGUCGGCGUCGUCAACGGCCGCGGCGAGGCCCGCGACCGCGAGACGCUCGCCGGGGCCGCGGCGCGCCUCGAGGCCGGCGACGCGGCGGCGCGCGACGCCUGGCGCGGCGCCGGCGACCCCCCGGCGGCCGCCUACGUGCCCGACCUCGACGGCGUCGGCACGGAAACGCCCUACGCCGACCUCGUCGCGGCGAUGUCCAACGCGACGGCGCAGCGCUUCGUCCAAGGCGCCCACUUCCUCGAGAAUUUCAACCACCACGAGGCGAAGCGGUCCAUGGUCGCCGCGGCGGAGGCGGACCCGGACUGCGCCAUGUGCUGGUGGGGCGUCAGCGCGUCGCUCGGCCCGUACCUCAACGCGCCCUUUUUCACGAACGCGUCCGACCUGGCGGAGGCCAAGUUCGCCGCGGACCGCGCCGCCGCGCUCGCGGACGCGCCCAAGGCGGCGGCCAUCGCCGAGGCCGCCGCGGCGCGCUACGCCUGCAACGUCUCGCUGGCGAGCCAGACGGCGGCCUUCGAGAACUACAGCGACCUGCUCGCGGAAGCGCACGGCGCCGACCGGAGCGACGACGACGUCGCCACGCUCUACGCCGAGAGCCUCCUCCUCCUGGACUGCGACUUCGCGGGCUACCAUUUCUACGACAUGGUCGACGGCGCGCUGACCCCGACGCCGCGCGUCCGAAAGGCGCUCGCGGCGCUCCGCGCCGUCGUCGGGCGGAGCGCGCACCCGCUCGCGGAGCACCUGCUGAUCCACGCGACGGAGGAGACCGCGCCGGGCUUCCAAACGCCCGGCGGCGCGGCCGACGGCGAGCGGUCCGCGGACCUGUUGGCGGCGCAGUUCGAGGGCAGCGCCGCGCAGCACCUCAUCCACAUGUCGAGCCACACGUACCUGCGCGUGGGUCGCUACGCGGACGGCGCGGCCGCGAACGCGCGCGCGUCCGCGCGCGACGCCGCGUACCUCGCCGGCGGCCUCCUCCCCUACGGCGCGGGCCACGACCUCGUCUUCCUCGCGUUCUCCGCGGCCAUGGCCGGCGCGAACGCGACGGCGUCCGCGGCCGCGACCCGCGCGCGCGCGGCCUACGCGGCGGCGCCCGACCGCCCGGACGGGCCCGACGGCUCCGUCGCCUGGCACUACCCGGCGCUCGUCCACGUGCGCUUCGGCGCCUGGGACGAGGUCGCGGCCGCGCUCGCGCCCCCGCCGCGUCCCUGGCCGCUGCAGGCCGUCCUGGAGCAAUACGCGACGGGCCUCUCCGCGUUCCACCGCGGCGACGGCGCCGGCGCCUCGGCGGCGUACGACGCUCUCCAGGCCGCCGCGGCGCGCCUGCCGGCGGACGACGACGCCCCGACGGACGGCCAGCGCGGCGCGGACGUGUUGCGGAACGUGUCGCUCGCGGCGAACGCGACGCUGUUCGCCGCGCUCCUGCCGGACCGCUGCGCGAGCGCGGCGGUCCUGCGCGCCGCGGCCAAGGUCCAGGAGACGUGGACCUACGACGAGCCGCCGCUGUGGCACCUGCCGCUGCGCCAGUGCGAGGGCGCCGCGUGGCUCGCGUGCGGCCGGCCGAGGGACGCGGCGGCGGCCUUCUCGGCGGACUUCGCGACGUUCCCCGAGAACGCCUGGUCGCUCGCGGGCCUCCUCCGCGCCGCGCCGGGCGACGCGGGCCUCGAAAAGCGCUUCGGCGCCGCCUCGGCCCACGCGGACGUCGCCAUAUCCUCGCCCUGCCCCGCGCUCGAGGCGGGGAAGAGCGGUGGGUUUUAA